AUGGAAGGUGGUAAGGUGAUUUUGAGGAGCUCCGACAAUCAAAAUUUCGAAGUAGAUAAGGUUGUGGCCAUGGAGUCGCAAACCAUAAAAGAUCUGAUUCAACUCGCAGGGGAUACACCUUCUACUUCUCAACCUUCCAUGUCACUCACAAAUGUUUCGGGUGAUAUUUUGGCUAUGGUUAUCGAGUAUUGCAAAUAUCACGUACAUGCAAAAAAGUCAGAUUCAGGCAUAUCACCUCAAGAUGUGAAGAAAUGGGAUAAAGAGUUGGUAGCUGUUGAUUGGACUAUUGUGUUAAAAUUGAUAAUGGCUGCUAAUUAUCUGAAUAUAAGUGAUCUUGCUGAGUUGACGUGUAAAGCUAUGGCUGAUGACAUUGCUUCCUGUAAAGAUGCAGAAGAAAUGCGUCAAAAAUAUCACAUUAAAAAAUGA